AUGGGCAACUACGGCGAAGUAGAUCACAAGGCUAUCAACACCAUUCGAACAUUGGCCGUCGAUGCCACGUUCGCAGCCAACUCCGGCCACCCUGGUGCGCCCAUGGGUAUGGCACCAGUCGCCCACGUCUUGUUCAAUAAGUUCAUGACUUUCAACCCCAAGAACCCAAGCUGGAUCAACCGCGAUCGAUUCGUGUUGUCGUAG